UUUCCCGGGCGGCUACGCCAAGCCCUCCCCGGAGGAGGUGGGGCUGGGCGCCGCUUUCCGCGGGUGCCCUUGCAGAAAAAAGAAAGAAGGGCGAGGGAGGCGCGCCGCGGCUGCAGCUUCCUCCGUUGGCAUUACGGACCGUGAUCCCACCCCGUCGAUGAUGGUGUGAAAAGCUGAGAAGCAAGCAACUAUAUUGGUGUGAGGAAAUUGUGCUCCUUCCAGCUGUCCUUCAGAGCUCAACUUUUUGCAGAGGGGAAACAUGGCUUCUUCCAAGCCUUUGGCCAGGUUCUGGGAGUGGGGCAAGAAUAUAAUUUGCGUUGGGAGAAAUUACGCAGAGCAUGCCAAAGAGAUGAAGAGCACCCUCCCCGCUGAGCCGCUGUUCUUUCUCAAGCCAUCCUCUGCCUAUGUCAGGGAAGGCUCUCCUAUCAUCCAGCCCUACUACUGUACCAAGCUGCACCAUGAAGUGGAACUGGGGGUGGUGAUUGGGAAGAAAACGCAGGCGGUUCCCCAGGAAGUGGCAAUGAACCAUGUGGCAGGCUAUGCCCUCUGCUUGGACAUGACAGCCCGGGAUACCCAGGAGGAAUGCAAGAAGAAAGGACUUCCUUGGACAUUGGCUAAAGGGUUCAAUACCUCUUGUCCGGUCAGUGACUUUGUCCCCAAGGAGAAAGUCCCAGAUCCACACCAGCUAAAGAUCUGGCUGAAGGUCAAUGGGGAGUUGCGGCAAGAAGGGGAUACAUCAGACAUGAUCUUUUCUGUCCCCUAUAUCAUCAGCUACAUCAGUGGAAUUGUCACAUUGGAAGAAGGUGACAUCAUACUGACAGGGUCCCCCAAAGGGGUUUCCGCAGUGCAAGAGAAUGACGAAAUAGAAGCUGGGAUCCAGGGGGUGCUGAGCAUGCGGUUUCAAGUAGCACAGCAGAAGUGCCGGCCUUAACAUGGGAAGAGAGGAGAGUUCUGCUAAUUCAAACUGGAGUACUGAGGGGCACGGAUGCCAUUCUUUUCCAGUGGGAUGAGAGAGAAUGGGAACUGAGCUUCUCAUAUGGUAGCCCAAUAUGAUUGCCUUUCAUCUUGUCUAGGUUCUGUCUUCCGCCACAGAGAGAGAGAGAUGAGGUGGAGAGAAGGGCCAUGGAGAUCCUAUGUUGUUGGGCACUGGACAUACUGGCCUGGUUCGCAUGUCACAACAGCCCACAUUUAAUAACAAAAAUAUUGUGGGUUGUCAUGGACAAGGAAGAGUGCUAAUAAGCCAGAGGGGAAAAGUCAUGGUUUGUUCUAGGGUCGUUUAAGAAAUUACUGGGUUGUUGUGAUGUCCGAACCAGACCAAAGGUGUCUUCUUUUUCAGUUGCCAAAAAAAGUAUACGAGAGGAUAUAGGGGAGGGUAGCUGAGCUGAGCUGCAUGUACUCCAGUUUGCUUCAAAACAUUCCGUAUCUAAUAAUAUUGACUAUCUUAAAAACACAACCAAAGAAUGAAGGAUUUUUUUUUCCUGGCAGGCUAGAUUGUGCCUGUAUAGAAUACAGUAGGGAGAAAGUUCUAAAAUUAUAUUUGUUAUGAUGAAAUUUAGAAAACAAUUUGCAAGGAAGUCUGAUAGAAUUGAAUACUAAGAUGUAAAUAAAACAAAAUAUUCUGUC